AGUCGCCUCGAUCUCGUUAGUGUGAGCAGUUAUCGCCUCUUUGUCGAUUACACCCACAGCCAGGACGAUGAGUUGCACCAACAGUACUUGCAGAAUAGAGGGAAAGCUGGAUUUUCGGUUGCCGAAUGUUAAGACUACAAGUCAGCAAUGUACAAACUAAUUAUUGUAAUCAACAUGCUACUUUUUACUUGUGAAUUUAGUGCCUCAAACGAAGUGGAGUAAUUCGAUACAGGUGCCCUGGUACUUCAUGUAUAAGUAUCAGCAUUCUUUAGCUAGGCUCCAAUGGGAUGACUUUGUUUAGGUUAUUGCAUAAUGGUAAAGGAGCGGUUUCUAAGAAUCGAAUCCUUUUGAGGACACUGCUGCGGUGUGUCCUAGGACAGGGGCUUUCGUUUAUAGCAGCACUCUUCCAAGAUUAAG